AAAGUCACGAUCAUGAGGAUGACGAGUUCGUGACUAAGUUCAUUGUUGUAAGUUUUUAUUAAAAAGAAAAUCUGAAGUUCACUCAGAGCCGGUCAGUCUUAAGAUUUAUUUUCAUUUUAAUUUGUUUUUUUAAUUUGGAACGUGAUUAAUUGCAAGCGAGUAAGUAUGUAGUGAACAGUUAUGGUGCAGAAGUCAAAGGUUGAACAGGUGAUUGAGCAAAUUAACUCAACAAAUGCCAAGUGGGUGGCUUUGUUAAUGGUCAUUGGAUUCGCCUGUUAUCAUGAAUUAUUGCAUCUCAGAUAUGGUUCAAACUCAUGUCAAUGGCUGCUCUCCAAUGGAAGGUACAAGGGUGACCAAGAGUGGCAGCCGUACGGCUGCAUGUUACAUCACUACAGCACAAUAGAUACAAGGAGAUGCCUACGAUACAUAGCUUUUUAUGGGAAGGAAUCUCAGUUUAUAUUCAUAGGUGAUUCUAGGAUAAGAGAUCUGUAUGUUGGUUUUGUCACACACCUUCAGCAAGGGGGUGAUGUCACAUCACCCCCAAAUGAGGCUGAAACGAAUCUCAUUCAUGUUGAUAAUAAGCUGAAAAUCAGAGUUGAAUUUAUUUGGAGCCCAAAUAUCUCCAAGAAGAUGGUGAUGGAGUUUAAAAAGUGGAAGUCUGCGGAAACGCCGCCAUCAGUUGUGAUAGCAGGAUGUGGCCUGUGGGUUAUAAAAACAGGUAACGCGUCUGAAGCCACCCUGCAGCAAUACAGUGUGAAUCUGACAAGGCUAGUGCAGCCCAUUGAUUCUCUGCACAGGAGAGACACUAAAGUGCUCUGGGCGUUGCAAGAGCCUGUGAACACCGAUAAAUUGAAGUCGGAUUAUCAUGCAGUCACUAAUGAACAAAUAGAUCUUUACAACAAAGCAGCCAUCGAGAUACUGUCGUAUUCGUCGGCGGAACUUUGGUGGAGCGCUCGUCUGGUAGCGCAGGGGAUGCUAUCAGAGAGCAAAGAUGGUAUACAUCUAACGCCUAGGUCUUUGCAACACAAUACUCAAAUCUUACUUAACAUGUAUUGCAACGACAAUAUGAAUUUUAACGAUGGGACUUGCUGCAGCUCAGCAGAGACCUAUACAAUCCUUCAGAUUGUAACGUUUUCUAUACUCGGAGUUUGUGUUCUGAUAUUUAUAAUAAUGGUUUUACAUCGAUGGUACAUGAAGUGGAGAGGAAAGCCAGUGCAGGAAUACAUCCUAUUACCGAACGAGGAUAAUAACAUGCUUCAUACGCCGAUUCUCUCGAUAACACCAGGAGAAGACGUGCGCACGUUGUUCAAGUCGCUGACGAUAGUAGCAGUGAUCAUGUCGUACUUCUUCAUUUGCGAUCGGACCAACUUUUUUAUGAAAGAAAAUAAAUACUACUCUGAAUUCAGUUUUUGGUUACCGAUAGGCUACGUGUUCGUGCUCGGGCUGUUCUUCACCGAGGAUAGCAACUUCACGAAGAUACUGCAUAGGGAUCAGAUGAACGAAUGGAAGGGUUGGAUGCAGCUCGUCAUACUGGUCUACCAUAUGACCGGAGCCUCUCAGAUCCUGCUGAUCAAUAUGCACAUCAAGAUACUCAUCUCCGCGUAUCUUUUCUUACUCGGCUACGAGCAGUUCGUCUACAUGUUUCAGCACGGCGAUUUAACGCUUGUCGGGUUGUUCAAGAUGCUCUUCCAAUUGAAUUUUAUGACCGUAACGUUGUGCCUGUGCAUGAACCGACCCUACCAGUUCUACUACUUCGUUCCGCUGCUGUCCUUCUGGUAUGUAAUGUGCUACGCGGCGCUGGCACUGCCGCCGCUCAUCACGGCCCAAAGCUCGGAGAACAAUAUUGCUCAGUACUUUUAUUUAGUCAUUAAGUUUGUGGCAUUGUUCAGUGUGAUUACGAUAUUGUUUAUGUCCGAGGUUUUCUUCGAGAAGGUGUUUGUGACGAGGCCGUGGAAGGCGCUAUUCGUUACGACCGACGACGACAUCCACGAAUGGUGGUCACGCUGGAAACUGGAUAGAUAUUCCAGUUUGUAUGGCAUGUUGUUCGGGACUAUCCUCCUUCUGGCGCAGAGGUACAACCUCUUCGACGAUAACAACCACAACAACUUGUUCUCCAGGGGAAUCGCGCUGAGCGCUACCUUGGCCAGUCUUUUGGGAUUGUCCUGCUACAUCCCCUUCACGUUGCUCUGCAAAACGGAGAUGGACUGCAGCGAAAUUCACUCGUACAUCGUUUGCCUCCCUAUACUCAGCUACGUCGUCUUGAGGAACAUUUCGGGUGUCUUGAGGACUCGCUACUCCAGCCUCUUCGCCUGGUUCGGAAAUAUCUCGCUCGAACUUUUCAUCAGUCAGUACCACAUAUGGCUCGCAGCAGACACGCACGGCGUCCUGGUGUUGAUCCCAGGGUAUCCAGUCCUGAACGUCAUCAUAACAUCGUUUAUAUUUGUGUGCGCAUCGCAUGAAAUCCAUCGUCUCACCAAAGUUCUGCUUCCCUACGCCAUUCCGGCUGAUUUUAAAUUGGCCCUGAGGAAUCUCAUAUUAUUCAUGGCCAUCCUCGUGCCCAUAGGCAUCAACGACGGCAUGUUUUGAACAAAAAGCUUAUUAUAAAAAUGAAUUGGAGCCAAAAAGAGUGUUUGUUCAUUCCUUCUUUCAUUAAUUUAUUA